GAUGUGACUGUGGAGCGGGCUUCACAAAGGACAGGAAACUUUGAGACAUGUCAGGGAGAAGUGGGAUCGAGAUGGAUGAGAGAUAGAAGGAGGGCUGAGGGGCGAAAAGAAUCGAAGUGAGGGUUCCUCUGGGUCAGAGGACAUUUUUGAGGACUCGUAUUCUCCCUGCUCCAUGUCCUCCUCCAACCUCACUGUGACCUCUCAGCAGGGAAAAAUCAUCUGCUCCUCUUGCUGCCAGGAGAUAUUGGACAGAUAUCUCCUCAAGGUGAACAAUUUGUGCUGGCAUGUCCGCUGCCUGUCAUGCUGCGUGUGCAAGACAUCACUUGGGAGACAUGUCAGCUGCUAUGUAAAAGAGAGACAAGUUUUCUGCAAACUGGACUACUUCAGGAAGUAUGGAACGCGCUGUGCUCGUUGUGGCCGUAAUAUCUAUUCCAGUGACUGGGUGCGGCAGGCAAGAGGCAGCACCUUCCACCUAGCUUGUUUCUGCUGCGCCACCUGUAAGCGUCAGCUGUCCACCGGGGAGGAGUGUGGUCUAUUAGAGAACAGAGUCUUCUGCCGGCCCCACUAUGAUAUUAUAAUGGAGAAUAUCCAACGCAACAAAGAAAAUGAGCAAUCAAAAAUAAAUGAAGACCAGGAAGAAAAAGAUGGCUGCAGCACCAUGUCCAGACCUGCUAAGAGGGCCAGGACCAGUUUUACUGUUGACCAGUUACAGGUAAUGCAAACUCAGUUUGCUCAGGAGAACAACCCAGAUGCUCAGACUCUCCAGAAACUAUCAGAGAGGACUGGUCUAACCCGCAGGGUUAUUCAGGUCUGGUUUCAGAACUGCAGAGCCCGUCAAAAGAAACACAUCACCACAAAUUCUGCCUCCAAUACAAUGACGUCACUGCCUACUGGUCAACUGUCACCGCCUCUGACGGAUGAUUUGCAAUACAUAACCUACCUUAAUUCAGAUGUCCCUCUUCUCACCACAUUGACCUAUAUGGAUGUACAAACUCCAGACCCACUUCUACUUCAGCCUCUUAUCUCCCAUCCACUGACACAACUGCCAGCCAGCCAAGCUUAAGACGCUGCCCACUACUGGAGAGGCGAGGUUCACCAAUUCAUUUUUUGUUUAUUUUUUAUAAAAACACACUGCGUAUCCUUAUUUUGGUGGCAGGUCAGCUGGAGCUUGUGCAAGCUGACUUUGAGCGAGAGGCUGGGAACACACUGGACCAUCGCAGGGUCACCACUCGCCAAAAUUAGCAUUUGUUACUGUAAAGCUCAUGCUUCCUAAUGUGUUCCCAUGCACUGAAUAAUCCUUCGGGGACACGGAAGUUAAAAAAUGUCAUGUUUGCUUUGUGGAAUUUUGUUAAAAAAAGUAUGUACUUGUAUUUAAUUUAUUUGGAAAGUAUGAUGAAAUAAGUCACUGAUAAUUAAAAUGGAUAGUUUGUUUAAUUUAAGAUUGUGACAUUUAAGUCUCCACAUAUUUAUAGGAUGUAAGAUGUCUGUUGUCCAAGAAUACAAAAUUCAGAUCCACUGGUUUAACUGCAAAUUAAUACUGGAACAGUACUUAAUUUUGUUGACUGCGAGACAAAUGUACAAUGAUUGUUUAGCAAACUAAAAUUGACUGAUUGCUAUGUGCAGUUCAUGUAUUCACAUUUAUAUAUUUUC